CUGAUUGCGGCGGCUGGAGCAAGUGCGGCUGUCAAGGCAUCGGCAACCUCUGGACAAGCCUCUUGGGAGACAUGGCAUAGACGUCUUGCACAUGUGGCUGUUUCUACAUUGGAGGUGAUGGCGAGAGAGCAGAGUGUGCAAGGGCUUCGUCUGCAUGGAGGCAAUGCUGAUUCUCGUGACUGCGAGGUGUGCAUGCAAAGUAAAUUUGCACGUUUUCCCUUUCAUAGAGUGGAUGGUUCUGCCAAGGCACCAUUGGAAGUGGUGCAUAUGGAUCUGGUGGGUCCGAUGCGGACUGAGGGCAUUGGUGGAGCCUUGUAUUUCCUAACUCUGGUGGAUGACUGGAGCAGAUUUACAUGGGCGCGACCUUUGUCAAAGAAGAGUGAUGCGGCAGCGGCAAUCAAGGAGGAUUGGUUGCCAAUGGUUGAAAGGCAGUCUCAACGGUUGGUGAAGGUGCUGAGGAGUGAUCGUGGUGGCGAGUUCCUAGGAGCAGAUUUCACUGCUUGGCUCAAGAAGAACGGCAUUCGACACCAACUGACCUGCCCUGGAACACCACAGCAAAAUGGCAUUGCUGAACGAGCCAACAGAACCAUUGGCGAGGCGGCCAAGGCAUUGUUGAGGGAUGCUGGACUUCCCUACAAGUUCUGGCCUGAAGCUGUUCGCCAAGUGAAGCCGCUUGUAGAUAUGCUGCGGGUGUGGGGCUGCAUGGGGCUUGUGAUGGUGCCAAAGGAGCAAAGGCACAAGCUUGAGCAGAGUACAACUCGUGAGAAGAGGGCAGCAGCGCCACCUUCAAGGCUAGGGUAUAGCCGCUUGGGAGGACCUAAGCAAGGUGCGAUGGCGGUUCAGGCGGAUGAGAGUGAUGAUGAGGAGAGUGCUUUCUGCUUUUUCACCACUCUACCUAGUGAUCCAGCCACACUACAUGAGGCAUGGACUGGCCCUCUGAAGGCAAAAUGGAAUCCUUCAACUGAUGAGGAGUUCAACAGUCUCAUUGAGAAUGAGACAUGGGAUCUUGUGAAUCUACCGAAGGGGCGACGAGCCAUCGGCAAUAAGUGGGUCUUUAGGACUAAGACCGGAGCUGAUGGUGAAGUGGAGCGGUACAAGAGCCGUUUGGUUGCCAAAGGGUUUGAGCAGAAGGAGGAGGAGGAUUACAAGGAAGUGUUUGCACCUGUUGCUAAAACAGGAACCUUGAAGACCUUGCUGGCCAUUGCUACUAUGAAAGGUUGGAGUGUGAAGCAGAUGGAUAUCAUCACUGCAUUCCUGAAUGGGGUGGUGGUGGAAGAUAUAUAUAUGGAGCAGCUAGUUGGAUAUGAAGAUGGGACUGGCAGAGUGUGCAAGCUUAAGAAGGCAAUCUAUGGACUUAAGCAAGCUCCAAGGUGCUGGUAUGAGAAGCUAGCGGAAGUGCUCCUUGCUGGAGGCUUCAACACCUCUCAAGCUGACCACAGCUUGUUUCUGCUUGGUGAGGGGGAGCAGCAGUUGUGCUUGCUUAUCUAUGUAGAUGACAUCUUGCUGUUCUCCCCAUCCAUGGAGCAGAUUGAGAGGACCCAAAAACUGUUGAUGGACAGCUUCAAGUGCAAGAUGCUUGGGGAUGUGCAUUACUACUUGGGGCUGCAGAUUGAGAGGGAUGUGGAAAAGAGGUGGCUGAAGAUGCACCAGCACAAGUACAUCUCUGGAGUGGUGCAGCGGUAUGGCAUUCUUGAGGGUCGUACUGUGAGGACACCUCUCCCUGCAGACUUCAAGCUGAGGAAGGCCACUGAAGACGAUGUGGUACUUGAGGAGGAGGAGAUGAAGGAGUACCAUUCUCUGAUCGAGAGUGUCAUGUAUGCAGCAGUUCAGACAAGACUCGAUGCUUCUUUUGGAGUGGGUCAGCUUGCGAGGGUUGUGCAACAACCCACUGCUGAACACUUGGAGGUUGCAAGGAGAAUGGUACGCUACCUUGGAUCUACAACAUCUGCUGGAGUUCAGUUUUCUAUGGCUGGACAACUGAAGCAACCUGGAGCUGAAGGGGUGAAGCCCGGAUCUUUGAAGCUUACAUGCUUUACCGAUGCAACAUGGGCCUCGGAGGAUGAAGACUGCUCAUCCAUUGGAGGCUUUGCUUGCAUGAUUGGAGGAGUUCCAGUAAGCUGGAGGUCAAAGAAACAAAGUGAGAUCGCUCAGUCUUCAGCAGAGGCGGAAUAUAUGGCUUUGUACCAUAGAAUUAAGGAGAUCGUGUCCCUGCGGAAGCUGUUGGAAGAUAUUGGCGAGAAGCAGGAUGGCCCUACGCCACUAUUCACAGACAGCAAGGGUGCUAUUGGGAUGGCCACUAAUCCGAUCCUGAAUGGCCUCAAUAAGCACAUGAAAAUCAAGUGGCACUGGGUGCGGCAGAUGGUGAAGGAAGGGGUUGUGGAACUUCACCAUGUGAAGGCAAGCAAGCAGGCGGCUGAUUUCCUAACGAAGCCAUAUAUCACAUUGCUCGCCAUCUUGGAUAUUCUCAUCAUCCUGAUUUUCUCCCAAGAUUGAAUGCAUGGAAAAUGCAGGAGAAAGCGUGAGCAUUCCAACGACCCCAAGAUCGCCCCAAUCCGACCGAUGAUGCCGAAGUUACAAGAAUUCCAAGAUUGGAAGUUCUAAUGACAAAUGCUAUACCUCGGGUAUCUCAUGGGUCUUAUAAUGGGGAUCUUGUGGUUAGAUGGUUGGGGAGAAAACUUUGACUUUUGGUUGGGGUGGCUUGGUUGCUACAAGCCAAAAUAUUCAAGUUUUGCAAAUGUUGCAACAUCUUGCCAAAUCCAAUCUCUUUGGAUUUGGCAUGUGUCCUCACAUGGGCAACUUGGAGAGGGGCCUAUGGUGUGCUUCUAGGAAGGUUCUAAACCAUUCCUAGACAUCAGGAAACCUUGUUUCCCUUCCAGGGCCCUCUUAGAGUUGCAGCACUUGGGGUUUGGAGACCAACCUGGCACAGUGUGAAUUUUGUCUUGCCAGGCUGGCUGAACCUGAGGAUGGGGAGUCAAGACUUUGACUCUUGUCAUGUUCUUGACCAAGGGCCUCCAGGGUCCUUCCCUUUCAUCCUUCCCUUCCCACCCCACCUUCCAACUAUGCUUCAAUGCCUUUUCCAUCAUGCCUCUGAACUUAGCCCAUUGUCACGCAUUUGGGACCUAAAAUACGAUGGGAGAUAAGGAGGACUCUGGUGGAGGUGAUACUUCAGUCCAAGGAGGCAGCUCAACCCAAGAUUCUGGCAUUGCAGCGCAAAGGGGAGCGCAUACAAGCCAGGGGUCACUGCUUAAGGAGGUGCUGAAGAGCUUCACCAUUGAGAAGUUCUCUGGAGAUGGCUAUGACGAUUGGGCAU